AUGAGAGGGCUGAAUUAAUCUACUUUGAAAAGAAAGUAAUUAGAAGUGUAAAGGCUGAAAUUCGUUCAAAAUAUUCGAAAACCUAGUCAAUUAAAUAAGUAUGUGGGAGAAAGGAAUUUUUAACAUUGUUAAUGUAACCUGAGCUUUAUCAGGAGCUUCAAACUAACUUGCUAACGAAUAAGAUAUUAAUAAGGAAAGCAUAUAAAUCGUUUUGAAUGUAUAAACUCAACUAUUCUAAGAUUUUUAUAUAUUGCAAUUUUAAAGGAGAGAAGAUUAAGAAUUGCUUUAAUUUGUUAAAUACUAAAAGUGAUUAUAAAGAAGACUUAAAAUAAAUUGGAAUCUAUCGCGAGUCCUCUUUAAAAUAUCAUAAGAAUGAUUCAUGCCUAUUCUGCAUAUCUGAAAAUAUGGAGUGCUAUAGUUUAAGGUGUGAGCAUAAGUUUUGCAAAGAUUGUUGGGAUCAAAUGAUAGACAUUUAAUUAUCAAACUUUAUACCGAUUGUGAAAUGUUUAGAAUAUCGAUGUUUCGAAAGGUUACCUCAUUUGUAUUACAAAGAAAUAUUGUUUAAGAGGAUGUUGGAUAAUGAUAGAAAUUUUACUUGGUGUCCAGGUAUAGAUGAAAUAUUAUUUAUAAGGAUUUUAAUGUUAAAAAAUUUAUAAAUUAGAGUAGUUUUCAUAGAAAUAGAAAUGCCAUAGUGGGUUAAAGUUUUGUGCAAAUUGUAAGACGGAUAAUCAUUAUCCCAUAACUUGCCAUUUUUAUAAUGAAAUCACGUGGUUUAAAGAAGCAAAUUAAUCUUGGGUAUCAUUAGAUUCCAGCAUAUCCUAAUUGCAAGAGGUAUAUACAAAAGAUUAAAAGCUGCAUGUAAAUUUCAUGUGUUUGUGGGAAUGACUUCUGUGUGAAAUGUUCAUUACCUUGGAAUCCAGAUAAUGGGUAGGACUUUUAUAAUUGUCCAUUUACAGCUCAUAAUAAUAAAAACCCUUCUUAAAUAAUGAAUUAAAUGUGCCUAAAUGAGUCUGCUAUCUACUAAAUUAAUUAUCAAGUAUUCUUGAGGAAGUCAGAAGGCUGA